UUUCUACUUAGGGUUUACAGGCGAUGGAGCUGCGAGUGGACAAGCAUGUGGAAUUCAUCAAGUCGUUGGAGAAGAAGAAGGAUUUCGAUUCAAUGGUGAUGGAGCACCUCCGGAUGAACGGAGCGUAUUGGGGAUUGACCGCCCUGGAUUUGAUGGAAUGUAGGGAAGACGUCGACGAUGCUAAAGUCAUAAGCUGGCUCUUACAAUGCAAGCACGAUUGCGGUGGUUUCAGUGGAAACAUAGGCCAUGAUCCUCACAUUCUCUAUACUCUAAGCGCCGUCCAGAUUCUAGCUAUUUACGAUAGAAUGGAGCUCUUGGACUCGGACAAAGUAGCUUCCUAUAUUGCGAGCCUUCAGCAGGAGGAUGGAUCUUUUGCUGGAGACCAGUGGGGGGAAAUCGAUACGAGAUUCUCGUAUAUCGCGUUGUGCUGCCUUUCUCUUCUCAAGCGCUUGGACGUGAUCAACGUCGAGAAAGCAGUCGACUACAUUGCGAGCUGUAAGAACUUCGACGGUGGUUUUGGUAGCAUUCCCGGAGGGGAAUCUCACGCCGGACAGAUUUUUUGCUGCGUUAGCGCGCUCGCUAUUGCCGGUGCGCUUCAUCACAUUGACAAGGAUUUACUCGGCUGGUGGCUUUGCGAGCGCCAAGUUAAAUCCGGUGGUCUCAAUGGCAGGCCCGAGAAACAACCCGACGUCUGCUACUCGUGGUGGGUGCUUUCAAGUCUAGUGACGCUCGACCGUGUGGACUGGAUCGACAAGGAAAAGCUCAAAACUUUCAUUCUCGACUGCCAGGACACUGAAGAAGGCGGCAUUUCGGACAGGCCAAACGACGCAGUGGAUGUUUUUCACACCUUCUUUGGAGUUGCUGGGUUAUCGCUCUUGGACUACCCCGGAUUGAAGCGGAUAGAUGCGGUCUAUGCUCUGCCAGUGGACGUUGUGAAACGAAUUUUUGGUUAACUAAUGCCUUCAUCUAGAUAAUUACAGUUAACUUUCUCCAUGUCACAGAGAUUUAGAUCACAGCUUUUAUCAGUGUGGUGAUUCUAGUAGACCUCCACACAUGCCACUGUCGGUUUUUCCUCAAUUUCACAAGCUUGUUAUGCCAA